GCCGGGAACGAAUUCGGCACCGGCGAUGGCAUUUGGUUUUUCCGGGAAACAAUACUCCACAACCAGCACAAGGACGGCUCUUGGGGGAUUCACCCUAAUUUGCUCCGGAAGGACGCACUCUCCUCCACUUUAGCUUGCGUCCUCGCCCUCAAGCGCUGGGGCAUUGGUAACCAACAUGUCCACAAUGCGCUCGGAUUUAUGGAGCGGCAGUCGGGUUGUCUGCGGGAUUCGAGCCAGCAAAACCCCGUCGGGUUCGACGUGAUAUUCCCGGCAAUGGUUGAGGCCGCUGCCGUGGAUUUCGAUCUCAGUCUCCCACUGGACGCCGGAGUCGUAGACCCUAUGCUUCGGAAAAGGGACGACUGGUUGCGAAUGAUGAUGACGACUUCUUCUUCGCGUUCCAAGGGACACAACGCCUACCUGGCGUACAUCUCGGAAGGGAUGGGGAAUUCCCGACGCCACUGGCAGACUGCGCUCAGCUUCCGGAGGAACAACGGCUCUAUUCUCAACUCGCCCUCCGCAACCGCCGCCGCCUUCAUUCACCUCCGCGAUUCCAACUCCCUCGAUUAUCUUGCAUCAAUAUUUGAUGAUGAUCAUCUCCUUCUCCCCGCCGCCGGAGUCGCAGCAGGUCUGGUCUAG